AUGGAGUUUUAUCGAUCCCAGCGGCUCUACAGACCCGUGUGGAUCGGGAUGGAGCCAGGACCGGACCUGAGCCAGGAGAAGUUUGUCUCCAGAGUCGAGCAGCUGUUUCCUUACUGCACUAUUGUCCUGAACAAGGCUCUCAGGGGCCCAGGCCUGUCCCAGAGAGUGGCCCUGCACCUGCCCCUGGACCCUCUGGACCCUCUGAACCCUCUGGACCUGGACCCUCUGAACCCUCUGGACCUGGACCCUCUGGACCCUCUCUCCUCGUACGAUGUGAUUGUGGAGACCGACACAGUGUCCUCUGCACAGAUGUCACGACUGAAGCAGAAACACAAACACGUUUAUGUCUUUAAACCCUGA